AUAGGCGCUUUAUGAUAGGUUUUGACCUUGUAAAGGUGUACUUGUGUUUUCUAGGCAUUUUCAUAUUUUUCUAGAAUAAACAGAAGGAUUUUAUCAAGUUGCCUAUUGAUGAAUUGAAUGUUUAAUAUUUGAUAUAACUUAUUUUUCUCUUAAUUUUGAUUAAGUAGUAUAAUUUGAUUAAAAUACCAUGGAGUACAACUACAAUUAUGGAGGUUCUGAACACCUUCCCACGGGAACAUAUUAUGGACAAAAUUCGUAUAGUUCGUUGUUGCCUCCUGGUGUCGCUCCUGGCAUUUGUCCGUCUCAGAAAGAACCACCAGUACCGAGAAGUGCUAGCGUACCACCAACCGCAAGUGCUUCGCCAGCACCUCCUGGCACUGUGCUACCGCCUCCUUACAUAACUACGCAUUUCCCUCCUCCUCCGAUUUACCACCAGCCUCUCGGGUACAACAGCUAUUAUCAGUAUCCGCCGAUGGGCUAUCCUCCACCUGUCGGUAGUUCGUUUCCCACUGGACCCCCCUACCCAUCCAGCUACAAGAAUUCUGAUUCUUCCCCUGACCGGUGUACAAAACUGCAAGAGGAAUUUAUAUUAAAGUGCAAAUACGGUGGGAAGAGGAGCCCUUCAAGGGAACCAAGAUCAAGAUCUAGUUCACAUAGUUCUAGACGAUAUUCAUCCCCUGACAAAUCUCUAAGCAGAAGCCCCUUGAGGAGUUUGGGUCACAAUCGUGAAAAUAAAGACAGGCACCAUGUGAGGAGUAGAUCACCAAAUGUGAAUCCAAGGGAUCGAAAUUCUAGAUCAAAGAGACAAAGUCUGCUUGAAAAAUGGAGGUUAAACAAUUGCUCGUCCACCAAUGAGAUGAACAACCAGUUGGAAGAAAUUUCAAAAAUGUUGCCAGAGGAUAUAAUUAAGAAAGAGAAACACUUUUGGACAAGGACAGCGCCUGCAAAUCUCUAUUAUGAAAAAGACGAAAAAAACCCUAAUGUGCUCCGUGGUACUGUUAAACUUAUCGGUCUUUGCGACAAAUUUGAGCAUGACUUGGUCGAAAGAGGCAAGAGGAUCAGGGCAGAAAAGCCUUCGUUUGUACCAGUACCUAGAAAAAAGAAAUUACGCCGUUACAAGUGCUGUGCUGCACAUAGUGAUUCAGACAGUUCGACAGAAUCGGGUGAAGAAACUGAUGAAGAAGAAGGUAUAAUGGAAGAAUUAGAGAGAAAGAAAUCUCACCCUGAUAGAUUGCAUUCAGAAUUGUGGUAUAAUGAUCCUGGGGAGAUGAAUGAUGGCCCCCUUUGUCGGUGUAGUGCAAAAGCAAAAAGGUCUGGAAUCCGGCAUAACAUUUACGCAGGGGAGUUAAGCUUGGACAAGUGCGACAUUUUCACCAACAAUGCUGAUAAAUUGUAUCAUUACAGAAUCACAGUUUCACCUCCUACAAAUUUCCUUAUAAAAACACCGACAAUAAUUGAGCAUGAUCAGCAUGAAUUUAUUUUUGAAGGAUUUUCCAUGUUUUCCCAUAAACCUCUUGAAAAUUUGCCAGUUUGUAAGGUCAUACGGUUCAACAUUGAAUACACCAUUUUAUAUAUCGAAGAGAAACUUCCUGAACAUUUUAUUGUUCGUGAGCUCGAUUUAUUUUAUGAAUUUUUAUUUAAAGAAUUGCUUGAGCUUGUGGACCUCGAUUUUAAGGCAGCGGGAGAUUCACAAGGUUGUUCCCAAUUCCAUUUUAUGCCUAGAUUUGUCCGAGAAUUGCCUGAGAAUGGGAAAGAAUUGCUUUCUAUGAAUGAAGUUUUGUCCCACCUUUUGAGAAGUUCAAAGCCUUUAGUUCCAAAAGAAAAUUUGCCUGAAAUAAUUAACCUUCCUCUCUACAAAUGGCAAAGUUUAGUUGAUGAAGUUAAAGGAAUGGUUGUGACGUAUCCAGGCAAAAAGCCUUGCUCUUUGCGUGUUGACCAGUUAGACAAGGAUCAGAGUGAGGCCAAGCAAGGAGAGAUCAAAGUGCCGGAAAUUGUACAUUUUGGAAUUCGUCCUCCACAACUUAGCUAUGCAGGAAACCCUGAGUACCAGAAAGCUUGGAGAGAAUACGUGAAAUUCCGCCACCUCCUGGCCAAUAUGCCAAAAGCGUCUUUUGAAGACAAGAGAAAGUUGGAAAUGAAAGAAAACAAACUCCAGGAGAUGAGAACACAAAGCAAAAUGAAACGUGAUGUAACAAUCGCUAUUUCAGGAGAAGGAUUUUACAGAACUGGAAUUAUGUGUGAUAUUGUACAGCAUGCAAUGCUAAUUCCAGUCCUCGUUUCCCAUUUAAGAUUUCACAAGUCACUAGAUAUUCUAGAGGGAGAAAUUGGAUACGCUUUUAAAAAUAGAAGCCUUCUUCAGCUUGCGCUUACACAUCCUUCAUACCGGGAAAAUUUUGGAACAAAUCCUGAUCAUGCUAGAAACUCACUCACCAACUGUGGGAUCAGGCAACCAGAAUAUGGCGAUAGGAGGAUACAUUAUAUGAACACAAGGAAAAGGGGAAUCAACACCCUUAUAAAUAUAAUGUCUAGGUUUGGUAAAAAUAGAGAGACGGAGUCAAACAUAACUCAUAACGAGCGGUUAGAGUUCUUAGGAGAUGCAGUUGUAGAAUUCAUAACGUCGAUCCAUCUAUUUCAUUUGUUCCCAAGAUUAGAAGAAGGUGGCCUUGCUACGUACAGAGCAGCGAUUGUACAAAAUCAACAUCUUGCUGUACUCGCUAAGACUCUUGGACUUGAUGGUUAUAUGUUGUAUGCUCAUGGAUCAGACCUCUGCCAUAACUUAGAGUUAAGGCAUGCCAUGGCUAAUUGUUUUGAAGCGUUAAUGGGUGCCCUGUUUUUGGAUGGUGGCAUAUCUGCUGCAGACAAAGUAUUCGGAGAAUCGUUGUUCAAAGAUAGCAAAGAAUUGCUCGAUGUUUGGGUUAAUUAUCCUGCACAUCCCCUUCAAGAACAGGAACCCAAUGGAGAUAGGCAAUGGAUUCCGCAGUUUAAAAUUUUAAAGGAUUUAACAAAAUUUGAAGAAUCAAUAGGAGUGACAUUUACUCAUAUUCGGCUUCUAGCAAGAGCGUUUACUGAUAGAAGCAUAGGGUUUACAAAUUUAACAUUAGGUUCAAAUCAAAGACUGGAAUUCCUUGGUGAUACUGUCUUGCAAUUAAUUGCUUCAGAAUAUCUCUACAAAUAUUUCCCAGAACAUCAUGAGGGGCAUCUUUCACUUCUCAGGAGCUCUCUAGUGAAUAACCGAACUCAAGCGGUAGUUUGUAAUGAUUUGGGUAUUGCAGCAUAUGCCAUUUAUGCAAAUCCGAAGGCAGAAUUAAAAACCAAAGAUAGAGCCGAUCUUUUAGAGGCGUUCCUCGGUGCACUUUAUGUAGACAAAGGUUUGGAAUACUGUGAAAGAUUCUGUAAUGUGUGCUUUUUCCCAAGGCUGCAUGAUUUUAUAAUGCAUCAAGAUUGGAACGAUCCUAAGUCAAAAUUGCAACAAUGUUGCCUUACUUUGAGAACUAUGGAAGGAGGAGAGCCUGAAAUACCUAUUUACAAGGUAAUAGAAUGUAUGGGACCGACAAAUACUAGGCUGUACACUGUUGCUGUAUAUUUUAAAGGGAAGCGAUUAGCCCAAGCUUCUGGGCACAGUAUCCAACAAGCUGAAAUGAAUGCUGCAAAAGGAGCACUUGAAAAUUCUCAGAGGCUUUUCCCACAACUUGAUCACCAAAAGAGGGUAAUUGCAAAAAGCAUGAAACAAGAACCAGGGAGGAAAGAUCGGGAUUAUGAGAAGGAUAAAGAUAGAAGAACUAGCAGAUCCAGUCAACAUUCGUCUAGAAGCAAAUCUAGUUCUCAGUCAUAUUAUCAUCAUAAUUCAGACGUUAGUUCUGACAAGAGUUCUUCAAGUGAUGACGACGAGGAUUAUGUAAAACAUAAAAGGGACCCUACCCCGCCGGGUGUGGAUUCUAAUGAAAAAAAUGAUUUCGAUAUGCCAACCAAAUAUAGGAAAGCAAAAUGGGAAAAAGAUUUUGAUAUAUCAUUACUUUCGAAUUCAUCACUCAAUGAAGAAAACCCACCGAUUAAAAAAAGAAGUAGAUCUAAAUCUAAAUCUCCUGACUGGAAUAAAAAAACCUGUGCAUAACCAAGUCCCUAGGGUGGAUUCCAUUAUUAUUCAUGUCAUGUUGAACUUUUUUACAGUUUUAUUUCUCUGACAAAUAGGUAUAUCAUAAAUUUUAUAAGAUAUAAGAUAUUUUUGUUUGUUUUUUUAAAUAUAUUUUAAAGUCAGAUUUAAAUUAGAAGCAAAUUAAUUAAUUUAAUUUACUCUUAAAAGUCAGUAUCCAUUAUUAAAACAAGUCUAAUAAUAAGAAAAAAAAUUACCAAAAAGAAGCUGUAUGUAAUACAUUUAUGUUAUUUCAGUAUUUGCAAAUACAUACUUUUUCAUAAAUUUUUAAUAAAUAAGUAAGUGAUAUUAGUAAAUAAGUAUGCAGAAUAUUAAUUUAGAUGAAACAAUAGUAAGUGUUUG